AAAAAAACAAGCGUCUUUGAGCCACAUCAAAUAUAUCAAAGAGAAAAUACUUCAUUUAAAGGCUGAAAAGAAACACAAAACAGCUUGAAAUGUAAUAACCUCUGCAGAAUAACUGAGACCACAUGUUGAUCUGACAUGAGCUCCUCAGACACAAUUAAAGGUCACUUCAUGUACAAACAUCUCAUUUCUCAUCGAGAAGCCUGAACUGUUCUCGGCGCUUUUGGCCACGGAGGGGCAGGUGCCGCCACCUGGCCCCGUCGGCGAGAUGCCGCAGAGGAGAGUAAGGGACCAGUCCACAAACCCCGGAAGUCUGCAGCCGAGCCCCCGGGAAGUGAGCACCCUGGAUUUGGGCAGUUCCUGCCUUGAAAUCCUAGGCGACAAGGGAGAGAUAAAUUACAGAAUUCUUGCUAACUCAGAGCCUGUCUCUCUCCCACGGAAGCCGGCUUUACUCGGACGCAAACAGGCUUGCUUUCUGCGUUGCCCACCUCCACCUUCUCGGGGGCCCCGGGGUCCAAAGACAGAAGUCCGGGCCCUGCCCGGGGGCAGGGGGUGCCCCGAGCCGCCGCGCCGCGCCGGCAUGCCUCCCAGAGGCCGGGGGUUCAAUCCGAGACUCCCGACGGGGAAGGCGGGGUGCUUGGGGAGGGACUCCGAAAGCGCUCCCGGGCCCGUGGCCUGCCUCCUUCCACCCUCUCCCUUCCAGAAAGGAUGCGCCCGAGGAGGACUUCAAAGUCUUCCCUUCCAAAGGGAAAUCACAUCUAGAAAGCUUUUCUCAGAAGGAGAGAGAGGCAGAUUAUUUGAUUGGAAAGAGAAGCAAAUCUUAAGAGCAAAACGAGUUGGUUCGUCUGAACUGAAGACGGGAGCCUCUCCAGGGGGGCAGGACCUUUUCCGAUUUCGGGCAAGACAUUUUGGAGACAGCGCGCCAGUGAGGAUCAAAAUCAAGAAGGACCAGAGCAGCCGGUGUUUUGAAGCCCAAAUCUUCUGGAAUAUUCUUAGAAUCUGACAGAAAGCUUUUGAGAGUUUUCCAAACUGUAGCACUGGUAAUGACGACCUGGCUGUCGUGCCUAGCUAUCAAAGUGCCAAGGAGACUUCUGGAAGACAAAGAAGCUGCUUCAUUCUAUGCACAGAAAACAGGACUAUUUUCUUCUUUUUUCAAAGGAACCCCCAAUCCCUAACAAACAAAAAUCUAGAGGCUUAUUUGACAUUGAAAAAUAAUAAUUAGGGGCUUCUCUGGUGGCUCAGUGGUAAAGAAUUCAGGAGACACAGGUUCGAUCCCCGACCCGGGAAGAUCUCACUUGCUGCACAGCAUCUAAGCCCAAUGUCCUACAACUACUGCGCUUAUGCUCCCGGGCCCGGAAAUCCAGCUGCUGAAGCGCCUGCACCCCAGAGCUCCUCACUCCUCACCAAGAAAAGUCCAGGCUUCACAACCAGAAAGCAGGCCCCGCUCACCGCAACUGGAGAGAAGUUGGAGCGGCAAGGGAGACCCAGCACAGUGAAAAGUAGAUAAAUAGAAUUCAAAGAAAGAGGUAAUAACUAAAACUAGAUACUCAUGCACAUUUUGCAAAUCAGUAAGACGAAAAUCAAUACAUGUGAAAGGUUUACAUCCUCUUGGAUGCAAACUAGGAAUUAAGCAAAGAGGGGUGGGUGGAUGAGAAACAGGACCGUGUCUUCUUUGCUGUCUAUGCCUGGCAUUGACUGGCCCCGACACAGUGCUCCCCCUCCUCCCCACGCCGGAGUCCCCCUGACCCCACUGUCAUUGGCUCCUCCUGUUUCCAUGCUCUUCCCGACCCCAGGGUCUGUGCACCACCGUGUCCCUUUUCUUGGGCUCUCUUCCUUUUUCUAAUGCCGCCCUGUGUAUUCCUCCCUACCCUGACUUUAAUAUAGAGGAUUUCUAUUCACCCUGCAGGCCUCAGCUCAACUGUUCCUCCUACCUGGAAGCCUUAGUCAACUUCCAGCUUCCGCCCCCUCCAGGGCUGCAUCCCUCGUGUUUGUGUAUCUAUGUAUGUAUAUAGUUGUUCAGUUGCUCAGUCAUGUCAGACUCUCUGCAACCCCAAGGACUGCGGCACAUCAGGCUUCCCUGUCCUUCACCAUCUCCCGGAGUUUGCUCAGGCGCAUGUCCACUGAGUCGAUGAUGCCAUCCAGCCAUCUCAUCCUCUGUCAUCCCCUUCUCCUCUUGCCCUCACUCUUUCCCAGCAUCAGGGUCUUUUCCAAUGAGUCAGUUCUUCGCAUCAGGUGGCCGGAGUAUUGGAGCUUUAGCUUCAGGAUCAGUCCUUCCAAGAGUAUUGAGGGUUGAUUUCCUUUAGGAUGGACUGGUUGGAUCUCCUAGCAGUCCAAGGGAUUCUGAAGAGUCUUCCCCAACACCACAGUUAGAAGCAUUAAUUCUUCGGCACUCAGCCUUCUUUAUGGUCCACCUCUCACAUCCAUACACACACACACACACACAUAUUCCCAGACUGCUGGGGCUGAACUGAA